GGUCCAGACCUCACAGUGAGCACAGAAGAGGCCUGUGCGAUCUGUGUUUUGUGUGUCCGUGUGCUUUUUACGUCGUGAUGGUUCGGCGUUGAAACAAAACAAGAAAUAAGAUUCCAACGACACGCGCGACAGUAGAUAUUUUUUCGACUUUUUUUUAAGUAUAUUUUUUUCCUUUUUUUGUAUCUUCUUUUUUUUUCUUCUCUGUGCUGAAAAGGAUUUCGUCGGGACCACUUAAAAGGACUUCAUUCCAGUGAAGUCACUUUGCAGGUUAACUAGGUCAAACAAACUCCGAACAAGAUGGAGUUAGCUCACACUAAAACGUAUCAAGAAACACUAGCCUACUUCAACACAGACCCUGAAAGAGGUCUCUCUCUCGAUCAAGUCAAGAAGCACCAAGAAAAAUAUGGCCCUAACGAGCUUCCCGCCGAAGAAGGCAAGUCCUUAUUACAGCUCAUCAUUGAGCAGUUCGAUGAUCUCCUAGUCAAAAUUUUGUUAUUAGCAGCCAUCAUUUCAUUUGUACUAGCGUUAUUCGAAGAACAUGAAGACGAAUCCUCUCAGAUUACAGCUUUCGUGGAACCUUUUGUCAUUCUUCUCAUUCUCAUUGCCAAUGCUAUUGUCGGUGUAUGGCAGGAAAGGAAUGCUGAAAGCGCCAUUGAAGCCUUAAAAGAAUAUGAACCAGAAAUGGGAAAAGUCGUCAGACAAGACAAAGCUGGUGUACAAAAAAUUAAAGCCAGAGACAUCGUCCCUGGUGACAUCGUUGAAGUGUCUGUUGGUGACAAAGUCCCUGCUGAUAUUAGAUUGAUGAAAAUUUUUUCCACAACUUUGAGGGUUGAUCAGUCCAUUUUGACUGGUGAAUCCGUUUCCGUCAUCAAGCACACAGACGCCAUUCCAGAUGUUAGGGCUGUAAACCAAGACAAGAAGAAUAUUCUUUUCUCAGGUACCAACAUUGCUGCUGGCAAAGCUCGUGGCAUUGUCAUUGGAACUGGUUUAGACACAGCUAUUGGUAAGAUCCGAACUGAGAUGACUGAGACCGAGGAAGUGAAAACACCCUUGCAACAGAAGCUUGACGAAUUCGGUGAGCAGCUGUCCAAAGUUAUUUCCAUCAUUUGCGUUGCCGUCUGGGCCAUCAACAUUGGUCACUUCAAUGAUCCCGCUCAUGGUGGAUCAUGGAUCAAGGGCGCUGUUUACUAUUUCAAGAUCGCCGUAGCUCUGGCUGUUGCUGCCAUUCCAGAAGGUCUCCCAGCUGUAAUUACAACUUGCUUGGCUUUAGGCACCAGGAGAAUGGCCAAGAAGAACGCCAUUGUGAGGUCUCUUCCCUCCGUAGAAACUUUAGGUUGCACAUCUGUCAUUUGCUCUGACAAAACUGGAACUCUUACCACCAACCAGAUGUCUGUCAGCAGGUUCUUCAUUGUUGAGAAGGCUGAUGAUCCCAAGUUCUUUGAAUUCGAAGCUACUGGAUCAACAUACGAACCCAUUGGUGAUGUUUUCUUCAACGGUGCCAAGGCUAAGACAGGCGAUUAUGAAGCUUUAUAUGAGUUGGCUACCAUCUGCGCCAUGUGCAAUGACUCCAGUAUUGAUUUCAAUGAGUACAAACAAUGCUUUGAGAAAGUCGGAGAGGCCACUGAGACCGCUUUGAUUGUCCUCGCUGAGAAACUAAACCCAUGGAACUUCGACAAAUCUGGCAAGUCCCGCCGCGAUGCUGCUUUGACUGUCAACCACGCCAUCCAGAGCAUGUGGAAGAAGGAAUUCACUCUGGAAUUCUCCCGUGAUCGUAAAUCCAUGAGCAGCUAUUGCGUUCCAACCAAAGUCUCUCGCCUUGGAUCUGGACCCAAGAUGUUCGUUAAGGGAGCUCCCGAAGGUGUUUUGGAUAGGUGCAGCCAUGUCCGCGUUGGAAACACCAAGGUACCCAUGACAUCUGCAAUGAUGAACAAGAUCAUUGAAACCACCAAGGUCUACGGUACUGGACGUGACACUCUCAGGUGCUUGGCUCUUGCCACCAUUGAUAACCCACCAAAGAUUGAGGAAAUGGACUUGGCUGAUUCAACCAAAUUCAUCAACUAUGAAGUAAACAUGACCUUUGUUGGUGUUGUUGGAAUGUUGGAUCCACCAAGGAAGGAAGUCAUGGACUCCAUCAGGCGCUGCCGAGAUGCUGGUAUUCGUGUCAUUGUCAUCACUGGAGACAACAAGGCCACUGCUGAGGCUAUCUGCCGAAGGAUUGGUGUAUUCGAAGAAGAUGAGGAUUGCACUGGUAUGUCUUACACCGGAAGGGAAUUCGAUGAUUUGCCAGUCAGCGAGCAAAGGAAAGCUGUACAACGGUCUAGGCUGUUCUCUCGAGUCGAACCUUCUCACAAGAGCAAAAUUGUUGAGUUCUUGCAAGCUGAUGGUGAAAUUUCUGCCAUGACUGGAGAUGGUGUAAAUGAUGCCCCCGCUUUGAAAAAGGCUGAGAUCGGUAUUGCUAUGGGAUCUGGAACUGCUGUCGCCAAAUCUGCUGCUGAAAUGGUGUUGGCUGAUGAUAACUUUUCCACUAUUGUCGCCGCUGUUGAAGAAGGCCGUGCCAUCUACAACAACAUGAAACAAUUCAUCCGUUAUCUCAUCUCUUCCAAUGUUGGUGAAGUCGUAAGCAUUUUCCUCACUGCUGCUCUUGGUCUGCCAGAAGCUCUCAUUCCAGUACAACUGUUGUGGGUCAACUUGGUCACUGACGGUCUUCCCGCCACUGCCUUGGGUUUCAAUCCACCUGAUCUUGACAUCAUGGACAGGCCACCAAGGAAGGCUGAUGAGGGUCUCAUCACUGGAUGGUUGUUCUUCCGUUACAUGGCUAUUGGAGGUUACGUCGGAGCUGCCACUGUCGGUGCUGCUGCCUGGUGGUUCAUGGUUGCCCCUGAUGGUCCUCACCUCUCAUACUGGCAACUCACUCAUCACUUGUCAUGCUUCACUGAUCCAGAGAAAUUCGCUGGACAUGAAUGCUCCGUCUUCAAAGAUCCUCACCCCAUGACCAUGGCUCUGUCUGUACUGGUAACCAUUGAAAUGCUUAACGCCAUGAACAGCUUGUCUGAGAAUCAGUCUCUGGCAGUCAUGCCACCAUGGAUUAACCCAUUCCUGUUGGGUGCUAUGGCUCUAUCCAUGACUCUUCACUUCGUCAUCUUAUAUGUUGACAUCUUGUCUAGUGUAUUCUCUGUCACUCCUCUUAAUGGUGAAGAAUGGAUAGCUGUGAUGAAGAUGUCCAUCCCUGUGGUCCUGCUAGAUGAAGUUCUGAAGUUCAUCGCCAGGAAAUACAUUGAUGACAGCUCCUAGUUCCAAUGCAAGUUAUGCAUGUGAAUUUUACUAAGUUGCGCCUGAAAAAGAAGCCAUGAAGAAGAAAUAAACUCUGCUCGUGUUCCAGUACAAUUCAUUUUCUAGCUUCUCCACUGAUGACUCCUUGUACAAAUAAUAUGAGAAAGAAAGUUACACACAUUUUUUAAAUGUUUUACGUCACUGUACCAUCCUUCUUUUCUUUUUUUUUUUUUUCAAGACAAGCCUCCGAAGAACUUUUGGGGAUCACAACAAGUCAAUAGUACUAGAUUUAACCUUUUUCAGUCGCCAUAAUUCAAAACGCAAAAAAAAAGUGUCGUGUUUUUUCCGAACCAGCUACCGAAGUCUCAGUAGCUUUCUCCCAUUGCCUUGAAUGAUAUUUAUAUAUAUACAUAUAUAUAAUUAUCUCUGGGAUGUGCACCUUGGAAAUUGCCGAAGCCGUCCAACCAAGCCAGACUCUGGAGCCUUGUCGUCCAGGACAUUUAAUUGGAUUGUGAUACCAGAAACGGCUUUGAGCGAGCCUCGCCAGUGUCCAAGGCGGAUAAAACGUCUGCAUGAUUGUCAAAUUACUUGUAAAAAAUAUAUAAUGAAGACUUUUAUUUUUUUGAUCUUUGAGUAUUAUCUGGUCAAAAAUGAACGAAGAGAGGUGCCUAAUUCUCUCAAAUAUGAGUGUUUUUUCCUUAGAGCAUUAUUUAGCUAGAAUUUCAGGGUUGCGUAAUUUUUUUUAAGUCAUUGUACUGUGAUGUUCUAAAGAAUGUUGUUAGUAACAAUUUUGUCUCCUUGGCAUUUAGAGCCUAGUUUAGUUUUUAUGUAAAGAAUUUGUCUGUAAAAUGUAAUUAUUUAAGCAAAGCAAAGCAAAAAAAGGAAUACUGAGUGUCCAAGCUAGAAAUUCAUUUUCAUUUUAAUUUAUUGAACGGUUUACCCCUCAUCAGAGUUUAAACUUCAAAACAAAAAAACGGAUCGCGAAUGAUAAGAAGGAAGAUUUUAAUUUUAAUGAAAUCCCUACUUGUUUCCAGUACAACUUUUAAUAUAUUUAUGAAUGUUAUAAAGUUUUUAAAGAGUUUUAAAUACCCAGAACUUUUCAAAAUACUAGUCCUUGCGCCAAAUGUCAACAACGAACUGUUCAAUAUGUAGGAAGGAAAUAGCUGAACGUUUAUAAGACUAUUUACUGGACAUUGCCCAUCGUGCAGGGGGUUUCUUAAGACUAAAAUCUUUUGAAAUUAUAUUUGUGAAGAAAACUGUAUAUCACUGUUCCUCUUUUUUGGUAAUGAACUUGAGCUUUGAAGGCAUCUGGUCGAUGAUCAGUAGAGACGUUUCGGUCACGUGAAGUGUCACGUGAUUGGGAUCCAUCACGCGAUCAUCUGUGUCCUGAUAUGCGCGUGUUCAUCCUCUAACUUACACAAAGUCCUUACCUGUGGCAAUCAUACAAGCCCGUGAUCAAAUUUUGUACAUUGAAAAUCCCUGUACAGUAGAAGACAUUAAAAUUAUACAUAUGAUCUCCA